UGUCCCCAAACCCCCUGCCAGUGCCUGUGGCCCCACCAAAGCAGCCAACAUGCCCAUAACCAAGUGCCCCGAGAAGUCACAGCCCCUGUGGAAGGAGUGGGACCAGAAGGCCCAGAAGAACGGGCCGAGGCACCAGGUAUACGCUGUCAAUGGCGACCGCUACAUGGGCGAGUGGAAGGACAACAUGAGGCACGGUGAGUGGGGGGAGCUCGGGGGCGGGCGAGGCAUGUUGCGCUUGAAGAAUGGGAACCGCUACGAGGGCUACUGGCAGAGAGGCAUGAAGAACGGGCCAGGGCGUUUCUUCCACCUGGACCACGGUCAGCUGUUUGAAGGCUUCUGGGUGGACAGUGUGGCCAAGUGUGGCACCAUGAUCGACUUUGGCCGUGACGAGGCCCCUGAACCCACUCAGUUCCCCAUUCCUCAGGUCAAAAUCCUAGACCCCGAUGGCGUGCUGGAGGAAGCCUUGGCCAUGUUCAAGAAGACUGAGGAGGAAGGAGGAGAUUGAUGCCAAAGAGAAUACUGAAGCUCGGCCCUUUGGGAGGAAUCCAAGCACACAUCACCAAACUGCUCAGACCAGUGCAGCUCACCUGGGAGGAGUGAGAGGUGGUUCCAGACACACCUUUGGCACCCUCAGAGGACGUCACUCCUCCCAGGACUGGAUCCUUCUUUGCCCAUGGAGGGACAGGACUUCCCUCAGUGGCCUGGUUGCGGGGACCCUCCCUCUCCUCACUGCCUUCCUCCCUACACCCUUCUUGAGUGCAUGAGAAUAAAGGAGAGCAUGACAGCGUGAGCCCGGGCUGUCGGCUGCGGGGUGAGGCAGGGAGUGGGGCACCCUGGGAGGGUCCCGAGUGGAGAAGAGGAAGUUCCCAUGGCGGCCAUGGAUUUACCUGGGGAGAAAGGGCAGCGUUUCCAGGUCUCUGACCACUGAGUACCCAAGAGAGGAGACAGAGUCUGCGCCCGGUCAGAGGAGCUUGGUCAACAAGAUCUUAGAUUAAAACCUGACCUGGAUCCGCAGUUUAACACAGGGGCUCACAACCGGGGAAUCACGUGGGAGCCUUCAGAUACAGAUGCCCAGAUUCCACGCCCUGCGAUGCUGAUUUAAUUCAUCUGGGGUGAUGUCUGGGCUUUGUAACAAGUUCUCCAGGUGAUUGUAAUGUGGAGCCAGGGCUGAGAGCCCGACUUACUGUGGGACCCUAAGCACACGACCUCAGUUGCUCCAUCUGUAAAAUGGGCCUCAUGAGACCUCACGGGUGUUUUGAGGAUUUGAUGAGAACCGAUGUUAUAAUGCUGGAUAACAUGUAUUGAGGUUAAUUGUGGGCCAGAUACCAGGGAAGAGCUUUGAUAAUUCUAAUCCAGACAGCAUUCCUGCGAGCUAGUGGUAAGAGCAUGCGCUCUGGAGUCAGACUGGGUAUGAAUCCCGGAGGUGGGGUAUCAGCUAUGUCCUUGGGAACGUCAACCUCCCUGUUCUCUAGGUUUCCUCCCGUGACACAGGGCCAAUAGCGGUACCUACCAGCCAGUGUUAUCGUGAAGAUGAAGUAAGGCGGCGGUUCUCAACCAGGGCGAUUUUGCCCCUCUUCCGGUGAAACUGACAAUGUCUGGAGACGUUUCUGGAUGCCGCUCCUCAGAAGUGCUACUAGCAUCUAGUGGGUAGAGGCCAGGCCUUCUGCUAACGUCCUACAAAGCACAGAAUAGCCCUCCAAUACAAAGAAUGAGCCGGCCCAAAAUGUCAACAGUGCUGAGCGUAAGAAACUCGGAAACACAGGGAGGCUUGUAAAGCCCUCAGCACGUAUCCGCACAUCACGAAGACUCAGUAACUGCUGACACUGAGGUUCUCUCUACGCACUAAAUUGUGAGCCGGGUGGCCUGACCCAGGGCCUGGUUCUCAGGAAGCUGAGCCUGGCCACCCUGGGAUAUAGAAGUAAGUUAACUGCCAGGCACUGUGCUGACAGCUUUGCAUGUCUCCUCUGCUGUGACCUCCUCUCCCACCCCAACCUGUAGGUGUCCUGCUAUUAGCACCAUUUUAGAAAAGGAAACUGAGGGUCAAGGAGUUCACAAGUCACCAAGCUAGAGAGUGCCUGCACUCAUAUUUAGAUCUGCUCUUAAGGUGCAGAUCAGUGUGCAUAGAAGACUACUAUGUAGAAAGUGUGUUGUGUGUGGGGUGCACUUGUUGAUGUAUAGUCUCUCUAGAAGGGGAUCACAGUAAACUAGUAACCAUGGUUGACUCUGGGGAGGGGGAGGACUUUUCGCUGUUGUAUUUGGAACUGUGUGAAUGUAUUGUCUACCCAAAAUAGAAAUAAAACUGAAAUUAAAGAGACUGUGUUCUUAACCACCGUUUCCCAAGUUGCUGGGUGUGAGAGUACUGAGGGUGCUUGUUAAAAAUACAGACACACCCAGACCAACUGCAAUCAAUCUCCGGGGAAGGGCUUGGAAAUCUGCAUCUUCACAAUCUAAGCUGGUGACUGAGUUCAGGCCAAUUUAGGAGAGAACUUAAGACUUCCAUGCCGGAGUCCAGGAAUGACUCCACCGGAUCGCAGGCCUCUGUGC